AUGGCGUCUAAAACGAAUUCCGAGUGCUUGCUUAAUACUACAGAAUGCUUGUUGCAGACUGUCGCAAGUAUCCUCACCGAAAUCCAGCAGCAGAACAGUGAAUAUAACUGGGAUCCUCUCACAUUUACAUUCACGGCUAUCAUAGGCAUUAUUGCCAUUGCUUUUGCGGCUUUAACAGCCUUUCAAGCCUUUUUAACUGCCGGUCCUGGCCGUACUAAAUCUGGCGCUUAUGCCAUCGGUCCAUGGUCGCAGCGCAAUUAUCGCAAGUUCGACUUGGCUGAGAUGCGAUUUCGGACUACCUCUUCCACUCCAAUUUUCACGGCUGAGUCCCUUGAUUUUAAGCUUUUGAAAGGACCAACCGAGGACUUUAUCAGUAGUCAUGAAAAGCCAGGUGGACUUAGGAAAGGACAAGAAGAUUACUUUCCGGCAACAUGGCUUGCUUUUUUAACACACCUUUCCCUAGAUUAUACGAAGGCUUGGAAACAUGUGAAGCUUACCGGAGCGGACUUUAUCCCUUCGGAGUUCUCGGCUGUCCCAGCAUAUGGCUCAAUCAGAUUUGUCACAACUCUGGCUAUGGUUCUCUCGCGGGGACUUGGUCGCCUAACCAUCGAUCGAGAAUCUGGCUUACCAAGGGUUCGCGAUACUUCCUUCAAUCUUAUAUUUCGGCAACAUCCAUUGUUGGGCGCUAUUGGAUUUUUCGAGAAAUAUGGGAAGAUGGGCUCCAAGUAUUCUUGCGAGCACAGCGAGAUACACAGACGAUUACUUGAAACCCACGGUCAAAUGAAUAUCCCCAAAUUCAACCACAUGGAUCAUCUAGACGGCAGACUGAUUGAGAUGGGCAACCUACUUACUUUUAGUGAUUUUUAUGGUGAAAAGAUCAGUAGACUUUUCAUGAAAAGUGUACAACGGACCUGCCCCCAUCACAAUGACGAGCCAAAAUCAGCAUGCCUCAACUUGUCUGAUUAUUUGGAGGGCUUCCAUCCUGACUUUUUCACGAAAGGUCCUCUCUACUUACUGAUGGCAUAUAUCCCAAAUCCGGCUUUCCUUCCGAUUUUGUUUCCGUAUAAGAAGGCCAAACUCCGCGAACGCCUUGAUACUCUUUUACUCCAAAGCCGGUUUUGGGGCUUAAAAUCCCUGGCUUCUUGCGACAUUUUCCCUAACCUAUCAGCGAAUCAUGCCAACAGCAUGCUUGAUAUGACCAAAGCUGCUAAUUCCUGGGUCAAGUCAACAAUAAAUCCCAAUAUGAAAGAGCUUUCACUGGGAGAGAAAGCCUGCCAGCAUUCCUCAGUGUACCUCAACAAGAGCUCUACUAUAGAUCGCGAAUACAAUGAGGAGUCUAGAGAGGUUCAGGAGUUACUUUCGAAGGAAGUGGAAAUUAUCGAUUCAUGGUUAAGCCAAAUUCAGUCCCAAGUCCCGUGCAGAAAGCUCACAUUGAGUGUCAUUGGGGAUGGGAUCCGACAAGUCAUCGACGCUGUUCACCAGCAGCGCAUUUCCGAGGUCGUGUCUCCCGCCAAGGACGCAACAAAGCUGCCCAGUCGUUGUAUCCUAGCAAAUAAACUUGGCUGUUUCUUGGAGGCAAUUGAAGAACCCGGCAUCUUGAAUUGUCUCUAUACAGUUGGGUGUGAAUCCUCAGUAAAGUCUCCUGGGGCUAUCAGACGUGACACAUCUGAAGGUCUUAAGAAGAUAAGGGAUAUGUGGCAAACAGAAGAAUCUUCAAUGGAGGAUAUCGUUAAUAGCACCGAUGAUGACGCUGACGGUGGUCAAGAGUACAAGAGUUACGCAUGGAAGCUACCUGAUGUAAUCAAUCACCCACUGGAUGACGUCCUUAUCUAUCGUGCGGUUUUGAUAACCCUGGUGUAUUCCUUAAGCAAUGAUACCAGCGCUUUGAUGGAUGAAGACUUAGGGCUAAUUGUCCCAAUUAUAUAA